AUGAUGUUCCGUUCAUCGCUAUUUUCGUUAAUCACAUUCAGUGCUGGCACGAUUCGAAGCGUCAGUGGUCUAUCAUCCACAGCUGCCUCAGCAGGCACCAAGGUAGCUGGAGCUCGGAGUCUGGGUGGAAGUGAUUUGGUAGUCAGCGAAGCUUGCUUGGGAACCAUGACUUGGGGAGUCCAAAACAGCCAAGAAGAUGCUUUUGAGCAGAUCGACUAUGCUCGGUCGGUUGGAGUCAACUUUAUUGAUACGGCUGAACUGUACCCUGUUCCACUAACAGCACCCGAAUGGAGAGCAGGUGCCACAGAAGAAAUCAUUGGGGAAUACAUCAAGAAGAUUGGUUCCGAACGUGACGAGCUCGUCAUUGCGUCCAAAAUUGCUGGAUUUCUUCCAAACAGUGCUAUUGCUGCAGCACGUACCGUACCUCCGACGGAUCCGCCACCGAAUGGUAGACUGGACGACAAGUCUGUUAAAAUGGCAUGUGAUGCUUCGCUACGACGAUUGCAGACGGAUCGUAUUGAUCUGAUGCAAAUUCACUGGCCAGAUCGUUAUGUUCCUGUGUUUGGUCAAACGGAAUUCAAACAUGACAACAAGCGCGAGGAUUCGGUCGCCAUUGAAGAAACUGCAUCAGCUCUCCGUGAUUUGAUUGACGAAGGAAAGAUUCGUUACAUUGGUCUUUCUAAUGAAACCCCCUUUGGAGUCUGCGAAUGGGUCCGAGCGACCGAAAAAUUGGGGAUUCGCGACAAACUAGUUUCGAUUCAGAAUUCCUAUUCCCUGCUCGAUCGUCGGUUCGACAGUGAUUUGGCAGAAGUCUGCGACCAUUAUAAUAUUGGAUUACUCCCAUGGUCCAUCUUGGCUGGUGGUCUGUUGAGUGGCAAGUACCGCGAAGGAAAGAAUCCAUCGCCCAAUUCCCGUUUCGUCAAGUACGAAGACUACAUGUCACGAUGGUCCCCUGCUACGGCCUCGGAACAAACCAUUCAUGCUGCCAAUGAAUAUUCUAGAAUUGCGGAAGAGGCGGGAAUGUCACCCACUGAGCUGUCGCUUGCCUUUUGUCGCACUCGAAGAUUCAUUUCCGACGCUGGUUCUGUGAUUGUCGGCGCCACCACCAUGGAUCAGCUCAAGGAAAAUCUUUCGCCCUUUGAUGGAUCUACUGCUACAUUGGACGAGGAUGUCCUGGCGGCAAUCAAUGAAGUUCAUAUGAAGUGUAGAGAUCCUUCUUGUAGCCUAUAA